AUGAGCCCCAACCUCGAUCGGAUCGCUUGCCUCACCACCUUCUUGGUAGUCGCCUUUGCGACCAGUGCUGACGGUCAACCGGAACUCAAUGGCACCAACCUUCCGAAAAAGCUCAACUACAACGAGUAUAUCUCGCAGCUCGUGCCAAUGAUGGCGUCCGUUAACACCGAGUCAGUUCCUCUCAGCGAGGGUAUUGUACCUCCUGGUACGAAGACGUACACAACAGGUGUGCGCUCGACAGCCGACGGCACGGACUUCUGCGGUGGCUCCCUCAUCACGCCAAAGCACGUGCUCACUGCUGCUCACUGCAUGUCUGAUGACAUCCAGUACGUCUCGGUUGGCACGCACUUUGUCAGUGGCACGGAAGACGGCGAGCAGAUCAAGGUCGCGAAGAAGACCCUUCAUCCCAAGUACGUUCGCGGGAAUAACUCGUACGACUUUUUGGUGCUCGAGCUGGAAAAUCCAGCUCCUUUCUUCCUGUUGCGCUGCCCAAAGCAGACGGCAUGGAUACCGUUGGCUGUGGUGACAAUGCGACAGUCAUGGGGUGGGGAGCAACUUCUCAAGGCGGUCGCUUGUCCACUGAGCUACGCCGCGUCAACGUUCCAUUGGUGA